AUGUAUGCUACUUCAAUUGAUGUUGUUGGUCAACAAGCAAAACCAACUGUAACAGCUCAAUUAAUAUCAGCAAUCAAAAGACAACAAGAACAACGUCGAAAAGCUCUUUCAUUACGAAUUUCAUGUAUUUUAUAUUUACUUCGACAAGGUCUUGCAUUUAGAGGGCAUUCCGAUAUUGAAAGCGAUUCGAUUCAACUGUUAAAACUUCGAGGUAUUUCCAACAGAAAAUGGUUUUCCUUAAUAUGCGAUGAAACAUGUGAUGAAUCAACACUUGAACGAUUAUGUAAUGGUAUUCGAUCUGUAGAUGAUAAUUAUGAAAUAUUUGAAGAUAUUCUUGGACUUUAUGAAUUAUCUCGACAAGAUGCUCCAACAAUUGUUGAAGCAAUUUGUGAUGUAUUAACCCGGUGUGGUUUAAAUGUACUCGAUUGUCGUGGUCAAUGCUACGACGGUGCGUCGAAUAUGUCCGGAGUUUAUGGUAGUGUAUCAGCUUUAGUUUUGAAUCAGCAGCCAAAAGCUAUGUAUGUGUACUGUACAUCUCAUUCCCUCGACUGGAAGGAGGGUCAUAUGAAAUAA